CGCAGAGAGAUCGUACGUGAGAUUUGCACACUGAGCUGUUACACAGGCAAUGCAUGCUACUUCUUUUUAAACAUACAUGCAUCUGAAGGGACGUUUGACGUUUGUAAUGCACCCUGAAAAUUGAACUUCCUGUUUGUGCUGUCCAAGAGACAUGAGGCUCAAUCUACACUCCAUACCCCAAAAUUACAAAGCAAAAACCAGAUUGUUGAUAACGUUACAAAUGUAUUAAAAAAUUCAGACCCUUAACUCGGUACUUAGUUGAGGCACCUUUGGCAGCGAUUACAGCCUCAAGUCUAUUUGGGUGUGAUGCGACAAGCUUUGCACAUCUGGAUUUGGGGAUUUUCAGCCAUUCUUCUCUGCAGAUCCUCUCCAGCUCUGUCAGAUUGUAUGGGGACCGCCGGUGGACAUUUCUAGGUCUCUCCAGAGAUGUUCGAUUGGGUUUAAGUCCGUGUGAACCUGCGGCCCAGUCUGAGGUCCUGAGUGCUCUGGAACAGGUGUUCAUUAAGGAUAUCUCUGUAUUUCGCUGCAUUCAACUUUCCUUCAUCCCUGACCAGUCCCCAGUCCCAGUGGCUCAAAAACAGCACCCCAGCAGGAUGCUUCACCGUUGGGAUGGUAUUGUGCAGGUGAUGAGGGGUGCCUGGUGUCCUCCAGACAUGACGCUUGGAAUUGAGGCCGAACAGUUCAAUAUUUGUUUCAUCAGACCAGAGAAUCCCGUUUCUCACAGUCUGAGAGUCCUUUAGGUGCUUAAUGUGUCUUGCACUGAUGGGAGGCAUCAUAAAGUCCAGAUCGGUGGAGUGUUGCAGUGAUGGUCGUCCUUCUGGAAGUUUCUCCCAUCUCCACACACGAUCUCUGGAGCUCAACCAGAGGGACCAUCGGGUUCUUGAUGGCUCUUCUGACUCGACUGGUCAGUUUGGUCGGUGGUCCAGCUCUAGGAAGAGUCCUGUUUGUUCCAAACUUCCAUUUAAGAAUUACGGAGGCCUCUGUGCACCACUCUGGGAACCUUCAAUGCAGCCAGAAUGUAUUUAUAUUCUUCCCCAGAUCUCAAUCCCGUCUCUGAGCUCUCCAGACAGUUCCUUUGACCUCAUGGCUUGGUUUUUGCUCUGAUAUGCAUUUACAGCUAUAAUACCUUAUAUAGACAGGUGUGUGCCUUUACAGAUCAUAUCCAAGCAAUUGCAUUUGCCACCGGUGGACUCCAAUCAAAGUGUAGAAACAUCUCAAAGAUGAUCCAGAGAAAUGGGACGCACCCGUGCUAAAUCUCAAGUGUCAUCGCAAAGGGUCUGAAUACUUAUGUCAAUGUGAUAUUUCAGUUUGAGCUUUUUAAUACAUUUGCAAAGUUAUCAAAAAUGUGGUUUUUUGCUUUGUCAUUAUGGCGUAUGAGUGCAGAUUAAUGUGAAAGAAAUAAUAAUAAUAAUUUAAAGCUUUUUAGCAUAAGACUGCAACAUAACAAAAUGUGAAAAAAUAUAUAAAGGGGGUCUGAAUACUUUCUGAAUGCACUAAUAUACAUGUAUACGUAUAUGACGUGGCAGGAUUUUAUAUAGUCAUAUUUUAAAUUUGUAUGCCCUCGCCUCAAAUUAGAAAACCUAAUUGAACACUACACAUCAAAUCAAAAUAACAAAAUAUGCAUUGUAGUGAGAAAAGAACACACACACACUCACACACACUCACUCACUCACACAGUUGUGUUUCCAUGUUUUAUGGGGACUUUCCAUAGACAUAAUGGUUUUUAUACUGUACAAACUUUAUAUUCUAUCCCCUAAACCUAACCCUACCCCUAAACCUAACCCUCACAGAAAACAUUCUGCAUUUUUACAUUUUCAAAAAACAUAAUUUAGUAUGAUUUAUAAGCUGUUUUCCUCAUGGGGACCGACAAAAUGUCCCCACAAGGUCAAACAUUUCGGGUUUUACUAUCCUUAUGGGGACAUUUGGUCCCCACAAAGUGAUAAAUACACGCUCACACUUACUCUCACACACACACACACACACACACUUACUCUCUCUCACACACACACACACACACACAUAUUUACUCUCACACACACACACACACACACACUUACUCUCACACACACACACACACACACACACACUUACUCUCACACACACACACACUUACUCUCACACACACACACACUUACUCUCUCACACACACACACACACACUUACUCUCUCACACACACACACACACACACUUACUCUCUCACACACACACACACACUUACUCACACACACACACACACACACACUUACUCUCACACACACACACACUCUCUCUCUCACACACACACACACACUUACUCUCACACACACACACACUUACUCUCACACACACACACACUUACUCUCUCACACACACACACACUUACUCUCACACACACACACACACUUACUCUCACACACACUUACUCUCACACACACUUACUCUCACACACACUUACUCUCACACACACUUACUCUCUCACACACACACACACACACUUACUCUCACACACACACACACACACACUUACUCUCACACACACACACACACUUACUCUCUCACACACACACACACACACACACACACUUACUCUCUCACACACACACACACACACACUCUCACACACACACACACUCUCUCUCACACACACACACUCUCACACACACACACACACACACUCAGUCGUGUUUCCAUGUUUUAUGGGGACUUUCCAUAGACAUAAUGGUUUUUAUACUGUACAAACUUUAUAUUCUAUCCCCUAAACCUAACCCUACCCCUAAACCUAACCCUCACAGAAAACCUUCUGC